AUGCCUGCCGCAACGAAGAAGAGACGAAUGCUUACAUACGACCAGAAUGGUCGUCUUAGAAAAGAUAAAGAUACACCUGAGGCUUCAAGCGCCAAAAAACCUAAGAUUGAAGAGGGGGCGAAAACGGUUGGCGAGACUAGGGAAGCUCGACUGGCGAAGGCGUCGCAGAGUGUUAAAAAGAGCAGCUUCGAGGGCGACCUAGAGAAAUUAACACAGGAGAUCCAUGAAUUGAAAGGAGGUAAUGCUGAAAGGGACCAAAAGUGGGCAAGGCCGGAUUUAGAGCCUGGAUGGGAUCCUGCUACGGAGAGUCUCAUCUUUCAACAGAUUGAUGUUGAAGAAGGGACUUUGAAUGGAAAGACCAACCUACGGUUAUUCGGUGUUACUGAAGAUGGGCACUCCGUACUUCUUCACGUCACUGAUUUCCUUCAAUACCUCUAUGUCGCGGCCCCCGUAAACUUUACCCACGAUCUUCUACCGGACUACAAAAGAGCGCUAGAAAUGAAGCUUUCUAAUGGCUUCGAUAAUAUCAUCCACACAGUUCAACUUGUCAUGCGCCAGAACCUUUACCACUACACUGGUGGAAAAAACUUACCAUACAUAAAAAUUAGUGUAACGGACCCUAAAUACGCCAGCCGGGUGAGAGGCUUGAUUGAGCGUGGAGAUGCAAAUUACAAGAAGAUGUGGCCUUCUGGAGAUAUUAUGACUUUUGAUAAUAUCCAGUAUGUCAUGCGAUUCAUGGUCGAUACGAACAUCUCUGGUAUGAGUUGGGUGGAAGUGCCAGCAGGGAACUAUCACAUGCUUCCGAAAGGGGAGUUAACCUCGACUUGCCAAAUUGAAGCGAAAUGCAGUUACCGGGAUUUGAUUGCUCACUCGGUUGAGGGGGAAUAUUCAAAAAUGGCACCUCUAAGAGUGUUGUCAUUUGAUAUCGAGUGUGCCGGUAGGAAAGGUGUCUUUCCGGAAGCAGACAAGGACCCCGUUAUUCAGAUUGCGAAUGUUGUUACACGGUAUGGUGAAGAUAAGCCAUUUGUUCGGAACGUGUUUACAAUGGACACUUGUUCACUCAUUAUCAACACUCAAGUAUUCGAAUUCUCAAAUGAAGCUGAUAUGUUAUUAAAGUGGAGGGAAUUUUUAAUUCAGGUGGAUCCGGAUGUCAUCAUUGGUUACAACAUCGCCAAUUUCGACUUUCCAUACUUACUAGAUCGCGCGAAGCAUCUUAAGAUCCAUGAUUUCCCUUACUGGACUCGUCUCUCAAAAACCAGGGUGGAAUCAAAAGACACAAAUUUCUCUAGUAAGCAAAUGGGAAAUCGUGACACGAAGGCCACCAAUACCAACGGCCGUCUUCAGCUUGACCUUUUGCAAUUGAUCCAACGUGAUUAUCAACUUCGUUCAUAUACUCUUAACUCUGUUUGUGCCCACUUUUUGGGUGAACAGAAAGAGGAUGUCCAUCACAGUAUGAUUACAGAAUUGUUCAACGGAACGCCUGAGUCCCGGCGGCGUCUUGCAGUUUACUGUCUUAAGGAUGCUUAUCUCCCCCAAAGAUUGCUUGAUAAACUCAUGUGUCUGGUUAAUUAUACAGAGAUGGCCCGUGUUACCGGUGUUCCAUUCAAUUACCUGCUUGCCCGUGGACAGCAAAUUAAGUUUCUGUCACAGAUCUUUCGAAAAGCCGCUGAACAACAGUUGGUUAUUCCUAAUCUAAGACAGGAGGGCGGCGAUGAGCAGUAUGAAGGUGCUACAGUUAUCGAACCCACUAGAGGUUACUACGAUGUUCCUAUCGCAACACUUGAUUUCGCGUCUCUAUAUCCUAGUAUUAUGCAGGCGCAUAACCUUUGUUACACAACACUUGUUAAGAAAGAAGUCGUCGAGAGACUUGGGUUGGAGAAAAAUAAGGAUUAUACGAUCACUCCGAAUGGUGAUUGGUUCGUUAAAGCCACUGUUCGAAAGGGGAUGGUACCUUUGAUUCUAGAAAAUCUUUUGAGCGCUAGAAGGAAGGCCAAAGCAGACUUGAAACACGAGACAGACCCCUUUAAAAAGGCUGUACUCAAUGGUCGUCAGCUCGCGCUGAAAAUAUCUGCGAAUUCUGUCUACGGUAUUACCGGCGCCACAGUCGGGAAACUGCCAUGUCUCCAGAUUGCCUCUUCUGUUACCAGCUAUGGUCGUCAGAUGAUCGAGAAGACGAAAGAGGAGGUUGAGAAAAAAUAUACUAUCGCGAACGGAUACUCCCACGACGCUCAGGUCAUCUACGGUGAUACUGAUUCCGUGAUGGUAAAAUUCGGAAUGGGGGACCUCCCUACUGCUAUGAAGCUAGGCGAGGAGGCUGCACAAUAUGUGUCGAGCAAGUUUAUUACACCGAUCAAAUUAGAGUUUGAGAAGGUGUAUUUUCCGUAUUUGCUUAUCAACAAGAAACGUUAUGCUGGGUUGUAUUGGACCAGAACCGAUAAAUAUGACAAGAUGGAUACUAAGGGUAUUGAGACUGUGCGAAGAGACAACUGUAGAUUGGUACAAGUCUGCAUUGAGACCGUGUUGAGGAAAAUGUUGAUUGACCGAGAUGUUGAGGGAGCACAAACAUACGUUAAGGACAUGAUAUCAGAUCUGUUGCAGAACAGAAUCGACAUGAGCCAGCUGGUGAUCACCAAAGCUUUGUCCAAGUCAGACUACACAGCUAAGCAGGCGCACGUCGAGCUUGCUGAAAGAAUGAGGAAACGUGAUGCCGGUUCUGCGCCUACACUUGGAGAUCGUGUCGCGUAUGUCAUCAUCAAAGGCGCAGGUGGUGCAAAGAACUACGAGAAAUCUGAAGAUCCGAUUUAUGUUCUCGAGAACUCCGUCCCUAUUGAUACGAAAUAUUACCUCGACAAUCAGCUUGCGAAGCCCUUGACUAGGAUCUUCGAGCCUAUUCUUGGAGAAAGGAAGGCGCAAUUACUGUUGACUGGAGACCACACCCGUACAAUCUCACCGAGGCCGAUGGCGCUGUCUGCGAGAAUUGCAAACCACGCUUCGGAGAGCUGUAUCAGAAGACACUCCAAAAAGUAUCCGAUUUAG